CUACUUCCCACCACCUUCCACCCGGAAAAGUCUUUCGUUUCUUCUACGUCAUACAUACAAAUUAAAGAACUAAACUAAGUAUUCAAGAAGAAGAUACACACAAUAACUCCAAAGUCGUCUUCUUCUUCUUCUUCUGUCUCAGAGUCUUCUCUUGACUCUUUCUACACCCCAUGUAAUGCAACUAUCUGGUUUUUUCUCCUCUUUCCACCUCUUCAACUUAUAUCCGCAACCCCAGAAAAUUAAAAAAGCCAGUAGCAAGUAGUACUACUAAAUAAAUUAUUUCUGUACCUUUUCACCCUGCAAACAUGGCUGCUCUCUUUUUCCUAGUAGUUGUUUUACCUUUUUUCUUGAUAGUAUCGAAUGUUGUUGUAAUUGAGGCAACAUUUAUAGUAGAAAAAAACAGUAUAAGUGUUCUAUCACCUUAUUCAAUGCACUCAAAGCAUGAUGCUUCUAUUGGUAAUUUUGGUGUACCUGAUUAUGGAGGUUCUUUGGUUGGAACUGUUGUUUAUCCUAAGAAAGAUUCCAAUGGUUGCUCUUCCUUUGAUGGUGAUAAGCCCUUCAAAUCCCAGGCUCAUCGUCCUAAUUUUCUUCUUCUUGAUCGCGGAGACUGCUAUUUUGCUUUGAAGGUUUGGAAUGGGCAACAAGCUGGAGCUGCUGCAGUUCUAGUGGCUGAUAGCAUAGAUGAGCCUCUUAUAACUAUGGAUUCUCCUGAAGAAAGCACGGACGCUGAUGGAUACAUUGACAAGAUUGGAAUCCCCUCAGCUUUAAUUGGAAAAUCCUUUGGCGACACAUUAAAAGAAGCUCUGAAGAAGGGAGAGAAAGUUGUGAUCAAAAUGGAUUGGACAGAGUCCAUGCCGCACCCUGAUCAGCGUGUCGAGUACGAGCUGUGGACUAAUAGCAACGAUGAGUGUGGGGUUCGCUGUGACGAGCAAAUGAAUUUCAUUAAGAGCUUCAAGGGACAUGCGCAGAUACUUGAAAAGGGCGGUUACACUAUGUUCACGCCUCACUAUAUUACUUGGUACUGUCCUGAAGCAUUCAUUCUUAGUAGUCAGUGCAAAUCUCAGUGCAUAAAUCACGGGAGAUAUUGCGCUCCUGAUCCUGAGCAGGACUUUGGGGAGGGGUACCAAGGGAAGGACAUUGUCUUUGAGAACUUAAGGCAGCUCUGUGUGCAUAGAGUUGCAAAUGAGAGUAACCGUUCUUGGGUUUGGUGGGAUUAUGUGACGGAUUUCCAUAUCAGAUGUUCAAUGAAGCAAAAGAGAUACAGCAAAGAAUGUGCUGAGGAGGUCAUGAAAUCACUCGAUUUACCUGUUGAGAAGAUAAAGAAAUGCAUGGGUGAUCCAGAGGCUAAUGUAGAAAAUACAGUGCUAAAGACUGAGCAAGAUCUCCAGGUCGGCCGAGGACCUCGUGGUGAUGUGACAAUCUUACCAACAAUGGUCGUCAAUGAUGUUCAAUAUCGAGGAAAAUUGGAGAGGGCUGCUGUUUUGAAGGCCAUAUGUGCUGGAUUUAAGGAAACAACUGAACCUUCGAUAUGUUUAAGCGGAGAUCUUGAAACAAAUGAGUGCCUUGAAAGGAAUGGUGGCUGUUGGCGGGAUCCAAAAUCUAACGUAACUGCCUGCAAGGACACUUUUAGAGGAAGAGUUUGUGAGUGCCCUUCGGUGAACGGCGUUCAGUAUAAAGGAGAUGGAUACACAUCUUGUGAAGCCGUUGGACCUGGAAGGUGUACGGUAAACAAUGGAGGAUGCUGGUCAGAAACCAGAAAUGGGGAAACAUUCUCAGCAUGCUCAGAGGCAGAUCCAUCAGGCUGUAAGUGUCCAUUUGGUUUUCAAGGGGAUGGCCAUAAAUGUGAAGACAUAGAUGAAUGCAAAGCAGGAUUUGCUUGUCAGUGUGAUGGCUGUAGCUGUAAGAACACAUGGGGCGGAUACGAUUGCAAGUGUAAAGGAAAUCAACUGUACAUAAUGGAGCAUGAUACUUGUAUAGAAAGGCACUCAUCAAAGGUUGGACGGGUCCUUAUAUUCUCUAUCCUAGCCAUUGCAGUGGGUGCUGGAGUAGCUUGUUACAUUUUUUACAAAUAUAGACUUCGGUCAUACAUGGACUCGGAGAUUAUGGCUAUUAUGUCACAGUACAUGCCUCUUGAUAACAACCAUCAGAAUCAGGUUGUUGUCCAUCACGAAACUGAACCUCUGCGACAGAGCUCAGUAUGAAGAAUGUCGACUAGUGCAAACGUAUGAUUUUCAGUUCUUCUCUUGGGACCCUUUUUGAAAUCAUGGAUCUUGAAGAAGCAGGAGCACAAAGAGUCACAUUUAGAAAAAAACUACAACGAGAUGCUCGUUUGCCAACUGUUUGAGUCCAUAAAAUUGGUUUCCCUCUUUCUUUUUCUUUUAUGGGUAACGUGGUUUCCCUUUCUGUAUAUAGAGUUCUGAGAUGUAAAUGGAGGCUUCAUCUGUGCAAAAGGAUACAUAGAACGACAUACACUUGCAAAAAGGAACACAAGGCCUUUUACAUUGUCCAGAGUAUACUAUUUAUGUCUUGUACCUAGUAAUUGCUAUACCAUUUAGUAAUUCUGCCUA